UAUGAAAGCGAUAAACGUUUUAAAUUAAUACUUAAUUAUACACACAAUCUAGAAAUGAAUGAAAAAUAGUGUUUAAAAUGUGUAAAUAAGUGUGUACGUAGUGACGUGAAACGUACUUUUCACGAUGUUUUGUAUUCAAACAUUUUAUUGGCGCCGCGCCAACUGUAUUCCCGAAAUAGCGGCCGUUAAACUAUUCACAACGCGUUUACGCCAUACCACCUUCCUUCCCUCAAAUACCAUAUAAUAAAAUCAUGGAUCAUCACCAUCCUCUUCAUUCAAGUAACCAUGGUUCAAACAGAAGUAGAGACUCAACAUCCACCAUGGAGAGUGACCCGAGAGAGAAGAUCAAGGAUUGUUUUAGGAAGUUCAUAGCUUUCAUGUUUACACAAGUGGGUGUUGGUGCCCUCGUCGUGUGCUAUGCGAUAUUGGGUGCUGCAGGCUUUAUGCACAUUGAAAAAGACAACCCUGAUCUACAGCUAGAGGAUGUGAAGAACUGGAGACUGAAUUGUGCAGAGAAAUUGUGGAAUAUAACAAUAAAUGUAAAUAUCUUCAAUGAGACUGUAUGGAUGCAUAAAGUAAACAAUGUCUUAAAGUUAUUCCAAAACAAUAUAACUGUCGCAGUUCAUACCGGAUACAGUGGGAGGACAGCGGAGGAUAUCUGGUCAUUCCCAGCUGCACUAAUGUACUCUCUGUCAGUGUUCACAAUGAUUGGCUAUGGGAAUGUAGUGCCAAAGUCUGUUUGGGGCAAAAUUGUGACAAUAGCAUAUGCAUGUUUUGGUAUACCAAUAUACAUCCUAUACUUUUGUAACAUGGGCAAAGUCCUAGCUAAGACUUUCAAGUGGUUGUAUAUUACUGCUCAUGAAUGUAGCCGCCGAGAAGACCCCUUGUUUGAGGAUGGUGAAAUACAGCCAAAGAGAAAAAUAACUGUACCAUCAACAGCUUGUCUAUGGGUGAUUUCAUUUUACAUUUUAACGGGCACCAUUAUGUUUGGAGCUUGGGAGAAGUGGAACUAUUUGGACUCGACAUAUUUCUGUGUUAUUAGUCUGUGCAAAAUUGGGUUUGGUGACUUUGUUCCAGGUGCAAACAUAUCUGAUUCAGCAGGAGGGUCACACCUGAAGCUGGUUAUAAACUUCAUCUAUGUCCUGCUUGGUAUGGGCUUGGUGGCUAUGUGCUACAAUCUGAUGUGUGAGGAUGUGAGAGUCAAGGUCAGAGAGCUCCGAGAGGACUUGAAGAACUGUCUCGAUGAUAUCACCUUGAAAAUUACAGUGUGCAUGAAUGACACUAAGUAUUAUCAUCAGAAACAAAGCAGAAAUAUGAAGUGAUGUGAAUUAUAUUCAUCACUUGUGAUUAUUUAUUACAGCAUCAAAAGAAGUUUGAUGAUGAGUUUUGUAGUACCAGGAAUUUACAAUUACUAUACAAAUAGUAGGUUAAAAGAAUUACAUUUGUAGCAGUUAUUGUUUAAUUUAGUAAGUUGAACUAGACAGAUUAUAAUUUAGAGGAAUACUGGCAUUUUGUUUUGUGUUUAAAGUAUUUUAUAUUAUAUCAGUAUUAGUGCUUAUCCUUCUAAAUGGCCUUUAAUAGACCUUCAGAUAUCGAACUGAUUGUAAUGCUUCAUCAAAGAUAUAGAAUAUGAAGAUAUACAUGUGCUAGGUAUGUCUAUAUAUUGAUUGCUAGUCAAUCAUUUAAGCCAGUUAUAGAUAAGUGAAAAGAAAUUAAUGUAUAUUUUCUUUACUUUAAAAUUUUAUUAAAGUAUCUUGUGUUACUUAAUUGUCAUUUAAGUAUUUUUUAAAUACAUAAUU